CUGAAUUCUCAAUCCCCAAAAUACCACAUCGCAUCACCCCGCCUCACUUCGUAAAAGAAUGGAGGUUCUUCCCAUCUACAUCAUUCUAAAACUAACACUUCUUCGAAAUAUAUAUCACGUUCAUAUCUAGGUACAGUACAUGACAGUCGUCUCCCCCGGGUCUAGCUCAUCCCGACAGCCCCAGAUGAUCUAGAUGCCUGGUAUCACGGUAGCAUCGGCAACGGCGACGUCAGCUCGCAGGGGAUCACGCGAGCCUCGCGAGAUCGGGACACUACGGCUGCCUCAACAGCUGGCAGGAUGCAUAUUAUGGCUACCUCGCAAGGAGGACCUACCUGACAACCGCGACGAAUACGAUUCAGAUCUCCAAGAAGACCGAUGCAACCACCCGGUCGUGGUGCUUUCGCCAUAUUUAGAAGAUGGGAAGGUCGUGUACCUUAUGAUGACAUCGCUUAAGGGCAAGAAUCUUGAGACGCGCUUCCUGAAUCAACCGAAUGUUAGACGUGAACACCUCCCUAUCCGGCCCUGUAGCCCGCACCCGGAUAAUGGGAUAUUGCUUAGCCUCGAAGAUGUCGCGCUUGAAUUACGGAAGAGGACGUACGUUAAGACGAGAAACCAACAUCGCAUCCGACUCGGCUCACUCGAGGCCUACGACCGCCGCGGACCCGAUUAUAUUUUGUCAAGGAAGUCGUACCAAGACCUGAUCCGAUACGCUAAAUACACUCCGCCGGCUCCCCACCCGGCCUCGAAUACCGUCUCCUCCCCUAGACGAAUUCAACAGUCUAACCCAGCCACCCCUAUAACCCGAGAGCGUAGGGGUAGUUACGGCGAGUAUGUGUCGGUACUUCGAGGGCCGACCAGUCCACCUGGUGCACAGCAUGCCCCGAUCACGAGCCCAACACCGAUGCGGUAUACCCGCUCCUCUAUUCCGACCGAACGAGAUUCCUUAUUGCCGUCUCACGGAUAUUCUCGCCACUCAUACACUACGUAUCCGGGCAGUUACCCGAGUAGCCACCCUUUCAGCUCUCCGGGAACCUAUCCGGCAUAUGGAUACAGGUCGUCGGCUCAAGCUGGAUAUCGUGGAUCGGAGCCUCCAAGACCAUUCGACUGGGCAACCUUCUGGAAGAGGCUGGGAAAGCUAUUGUUGGUUAUCAUAGCUUUUGCGGGAGCAUACGCCACGUACCGUCUCAUAGGGUGGUUGACAUAUGUCGCAAGGGGGGCAGGUUCCAUGAUGAAGGUCACGGCCGGUAGCGUUGGUAAUAGAUUUGGAGGGGCCUGGUCAAUCUUGGCAGACUUGCCAGGGCAUACGGCCCAGGUAAAAAAAAGUCUUCUAUCUCGGGGUUUAAAUAGCUUGGGCAUCUCUGUUUGAAUAGGUAUCUGGGUAGUUUUACGACUGUAUGAAUUGUCAUGGGACGGGUGGUAUAACGGAAACUGUACGGAUGGCACAUAUGGACUGGCGUAUAUAAGGGGGAGAGUUCCUUGGAAAUUAACGAAGUAGAAUGAAUAACCCUGACAAGCUAAUGAAAAGUUGGUUACUGAA